CAAUCACCCUAAAGGACGGUAGAUUCUUGGUGUUCCAAGGCAAUUGUGUGGUUAAUGAAGCUGGCCUUGCCAUGGGCCUUCUUGACUCUGGCCACUGGCAAGCAGACGCCGGCAGCACUGGAAGCAUCCUACAAGGAACGCAUCGAGAAGGUCUUGAACCGCUCGGCGUCCUUAGCUGCUGAGCACUUGGCACAGCGCUUGUCCUUGGAUCCUGGGAGCCUGUUCGGCGGCUACGAGCUAGACUAUGAGAGGAAAAGUUGGGCGCACGGAUGUUUGGGGUUGGUGCUUUCGCGGGAUUCCUUGGAGAACUGCGCUUUGCGGCAGCUGCAGGCGCUUACUGCUCUGUGUGAUGUGCCACUGACCACAGCUGGAUCGAGUCGGAGACAGGUAGUUGAGGACCAUUUGAUGCGUUUGCUCGCAGAGGAGAUCCCGGAGUUGGGGAUGAGGCUGCAGAAGACCUCGGCAGGCUCCAUUUUCUUGCUGCAGAAGCCCACUGGAGAGGAUGCUAGCCCUGCCGUGCAGGCCUCACUGCUGAUGGCAGCCGUUCGCUGCGGGGAGGCCUUAAGCUUGAAGGUGCAGCUGGAGGAGGCUUCUGCCUGGUUUCAAGGGCUCAGUAGCAUUUAUCCUGAGAAUCUCUGGAAAGAGUCCUUCAGCUCCUUCCACCGCGCUGGCAUCACUUGGGAAGCCUUAGCGGUGACCAAGCGGCACAUUGGGAAAGACUCCAACUUCCACCGUGAGCUGGAGAAUUAUUUGCAUCGCUUUGAGCUCUUCUUGCGUGAUGUGUGGGAGGAGAACAGUGAGCACUGGUCCUUUGCCUCCGCUCGCGCAUUGAGCGUUCGUUUUGCCGCCGCCAAGAAGAAGAAGGCUCGGAGCCGCUUUCGAACCUGGGCCAGUGAGCAUGUGGACCGCUUCCUGGGGCGGCAGCAUUUGCAUCUAAAGGAUGGUCCUGAGGGCCUGUCCCAGGGGAUCCUCGCUCGGAUUGGUGGCGCUCGGUACACCUGCGGGCCCUUGCAGGGCUUGGCUUCGUUGGCCGCCAUUCUGAAGGAUGCGGAGCUAAUACAGGUUGUGCUUCAACUUAUGGAGAAGGACAUCCGCCGCUAUCAGCUUUCCGACUCUAACCUGGGACCUUUACAAGGCUCCAAUGAGGAGUUCGAACUCCUCUCCUCACACCUGGAGGGGAGCUUCUUCCGGGACGAGGAGCAGCUGCGGUUGGAGGAUAGGAAGACUUUGCGGGUGGAUGAUACCGCGAUGUGCCUCAUCGCAGUGAGCCAGAUGCUGGAGACGAUGAAAUCCAUCAAGUCGGUGGUGGCUUGGGAUUUCUUCAUAGGGAGAGUCAGCUAGCUAGCACUCUAAGGAUCUCUAGGGUGUGAGAGAAAGAACUGAGUGGCCCAGAUGAUUUCUGUGGAAAGUAGAUGUGAUGAGUCUAUGCCCUUUGCUCCUAGUAGCGUCCUUGUUCCUAGCGAUGCCAGGAGCCCCUAGUAGCUUCUUGUUACUAGUAGCGAUGCCCUUUCCUCCUAGUAGCAUCCUUUGCUCCUACUAGAAAGGCCAGGAGCCCCGUUCGUAGCGUCCAGCCGGGUUGGGUUCGACAGAUCCGUGGAGUUUUCGGAUCGAAAGGGGUGGGAAGAAGGAUUGCGCUUCGCGACAGCUGGACAGAAACGAACAUGGAAAUUAAGACCGAAAAAGGACAUCCUCAAGAGUGAGAGAGUCAAAAGCACACUUGCAAGCUGACCAAUCGACUGGAGGAUGGUUGGGUAGGCUAUGUUCGAUCCUCUCCCGGUUUGACAAGAGAAAGAAUGAAAAAGUCACAACAAAUGGAACUCACCUUCGUUGGAUAAAUUGGAUUUUCUCCACCGCUUGCUCUCGCAGGUAGUGGAUGAGGGACCGCCCCGCGAAGACUUGUGACGAAAAGGACGAUACGCAAAGCUGAGGAGUCCCUAGUAGCGAGCCCUGCUCCCAGUAGUAAGGCCAGGAGCCCCUAGUAGCGUCCUUGCUCCUAGUAGCAUGGCCAGGAGCCCCUAGUAGCUUCUUGUUCCUAGUGUAGCCACGCGUGGAUUCGCAAACAGGGCAUGCUGAAUUGCCGACGGUUUAACUUUUUGCUUUUGAUCACACAGUGUUUGUGUGUGUGUGUGUGUCAACCCCUGUCUCCAAGGGUUACUUCCUACCAAUUGUACUACCAAGCAGGGGAGUGGAGCAAGCCUGCAGAGCUCCACUUAACAAAGCUCUCUGCAGUGUCCUGAGGAUAUCGG